UUGGUUAGAUCUGCAAAUAAGAGCCAAUCUAUGCAGUAAGGAAGCGGAAACACCUCGUUCCCUGCUCCUCGUGGAAGUUGAAAACUUGAAAAUGGAAUUUCUACGCAUUUUCUCUUUCAUUUAUCUACUGAGUUUGAUUCUCUGGCAAGGAAAUGCUGAACCUGUUGAAGAUAAGCAGGCUUUGCUUGACUUUGUGAACAAGUUCCCUCCUUCUCGGCCUCUGAAUUGGAAUGAGAGUUCCUCCGUGUGUGCUACUUGGACUGGAGUUACUUGCAAUGAAGAUAAGUCCAGAGUAAUAGCCAUUCGAUUACCAGGGGUUGGAUUUCAUGGAACCAUUCCACCUGAUACCAUUAGCCGCCUCUCACAGCUUCAAACUUUGAGCCUCAGAUCCAAUGUGAUAACUGGGAACUUUCCUUCUGAUUUUUCCAAUCUUAAAAACUUAUCUUUUCUCUAUCUUCAGUUCAACAACUUGUCGGGUCGUUUGCCUGAUUUCUCAGCUUGGACGAAUCUUACUGUUGUCAAUUUAUCCAAUAACCAUUUCAAUGGCAGCAUUCCUCUCUCCCUUUCCAAUUUGUCUGAGCUUGCUGGUUUGAACCUUGCAAACAACUCUCUUUCUGGUGAAAUCCCUGAUCUCCAUUUGCCCAGAUUGCAGCUGCUGAAUUUGUCUAACAACAAUUUGCAGGGAAGUGUUCCUAAAUCCCUCAAGAGGUUUCCUGAGUCAGCAUUCUUUGGAAAUAACAUUUCUCUUGCAAGUUCUCCUGCUGUUUCCCCUGUGGAGGCACCGGUUCAUGAGCCAUCUUCCAAAUCUAAGAAAGGUGGAAAGCUCAGUGAAACGGCAUUGCUGGGAAUUAUUGUUGCCGGUGCUGUUCUAGGCCUGGUAGCGUUUGCUUUUUUGAUGUUUGUGUGCUGCUCGAGAAGAAGGGAUGAAGACGAUGAUGCCUUCAGAGGGAAGUUGCAGAAGGGAGAAAUGUCUCCUGAAAAAGCAGUCUCAAGGAACCAGGAUGCAAAUAAUAAACUGGUUUUCUUUGAGGGAUGUAAUUAUGCCUUUGAUUUGGAGGAUUUGUUGAGGGCUUCUGCUGAGGUACUGGGAAAGGGAACGUUUGGUACUGCUUACAAGGCAAUACUAGAGGAUGCAACCGCGGUUGUUGUUAAGAGGUUAAAGGAGGUGGCAGUUGGAAAAAAGGAUUUUGAGCAACAUAUGGAGAUUGUAGGAAAUCUUAAGCAUGAGAAUUUGGUUGAGCUUAAGGCAUAUUAUUAUUCCAAAGACGAGAAACUGAUGGUGUAUGAUUACUACAGCCAAGGGAGCAUCUCUUCUCUGUUGCAUGGUAAAAGAGGAGAAGAUAGGGUGGCUUUAGAUUGGGAUACUCGGCUGAGAAUAGCUUUAGGAGCUGCAAGAGGCAUUGCUCGUAUCCAUGUUGAGAAUGGUGGGAAGCUUGUACAUGGCAAUAUUAAGUCCUCAAAUAUCUUUCUCAAUACUAAACAGUAUGGUUGUGUAUCUGACCUUGGCCUUGCAACCAUAAUGAGCUCGCUUGCCAUACCCAUCUCACGAGCUGCUGGUUACCGUGCACCUGAAGUUACAGACACAAGGAAAGCAGCACAACCUUCAGAUGUUUACAGCUUUGGUGUGGUGUUACUAGAGCUUCUGACAGGGAAAUCCCCUAUCCACACAACUGGUGGUGAUGAAAUCAUCCACCUAGUGAGGUGGGUUCAUUCAGUUGUGCGUGAGGAGUGGACAGCUGAAGUGUUUGACUUGGAGCUUAUGAGAUUUCCAAACAUAGAAGAAGAGAUGGUGGAAAUGUUACAGAUAGCCAUGUCAUGCGUGGUAAGGAUGCCUGAUCAGAGACCUAAGAUGUCUGAAGUCGUGAAGAUGAUAGAAAAUGUGAGGCAAAUUGAUACAGAGACUCCUCAGCCAUCAUCUGAGAACCAAGCAGAACCUAAAUUACCUCAACAUGACAGUGACAACUCCCCUUCUACUCCCUCCCCCUUCCCAAAAGGAAGUGAAUGAAAG